CACCAAGUCCCUAAAGAGGAAGAAAAAAAAAAGUUUCCUUCUUUGUGUUCAGUGGCCCCCACUAGGGAAUGCAGAGAGAUGAAAUAUUUUCCGGUUGCUAACCCGCUCGUCGGCGCCGGGAGACCCCACAAACUACCGCACAUCGGCGGCAGGAAUUGUCACCGGAAACACGUCGAAGACGGGUGAAUACCUACAAUCUAUUUUGCUUCCUACAUCUCCUAAUCCUCUGUUUUAUAGCCUUUUAUUGUUCCCAAAAUUAAACACUCAAAUUAGCUUUGAAAGGAGUAACGAAUAGAGAAGGAAAAAAAUUCAAAAUUGGAAUCUGAAAUGGCGGCCGAGGAAAAAUGCAGUGUUUUGCACGGGAAAUACGAGCUGGGGCGGUUUCUAGGCCAUGGAACCUUCGCGAAGGUGUACCACGCGCGGAACGUGCACACGGGGAAGAGCUCGGCGAUGAAGGUCGUGGGGAAGGAGAAGGUGGUGAAGGCCGGGAUGAUGGAACAGAUAAAGCGCGAAAUCUCCGUCAUGAGUAUGGUGAAGCACCACAACAUCGUCGAACUCUACGAGGUCAUGGCGAGCAAGACGAAGAUUUACUUCGCCAUGGAGCUCGUCCGCGGCGGCGAGCUGUUCGCGAAGAUCUCAAAGGGGCGGUUACGCGAGGAAUUGGCGAGGAAUUACUUCCAGCAGUUGAUUUCCGCGGUUGAUUUCUGCCACAGCCGCGGGGUUUACCACAGGGACUUGAAGCCGGAGAAUCUGUUGCUGGACGACGAUGGGAACUUGAAGGUAACGGAUUUCGGGCUUAGCGCGUUCUCCGAUCACCUCCGCCAGGACGGCUUGCUGCACACCACGUGCGGGACGCCGGCGUACGUCGCGCCGGAGGUGAUCGGGAAGAAGGGCUACGAUGGGGCGAAGGUUGAUAUAUGGUCUUGUGGGGUGAUUCUGUAUGUGCUCUUGGCCGGAUUUUUGCCCUUCCAAGAUGAAAACGUGGUAGCCAUGUACCGGAAAAUUUACAGGGGGGAUUUCAAAUGCCCGCCCUGGUUUUCAUCAGACGCUAGGAAAUUGAUCACCAAGAUGCUGGAUCCGAAUCCGAAUUCGAGAAUCUCCAUUUCCAAGAUUAUGGAUUCUCCCUGGUUCAAGAAAUCUGUCCCCAGGGCUUUAAGGAGCAAGGAAGAGGAAGAGUUUACUGUGGAAGAUGAAGGUUGUUUGGGGAAAACUAAGGAAAUGGAAUCCUUGAAUGCUUUCCAUAUCAUCUCCUUGUCUCAGGGGUUCGAUCUGAGCCCGCUGUUUGAGGAGAAGAAGAAGAAGAUGGAGAAGGAGGAUCUAAGAUUCGCCACUACUAAGCCCGCUAGCAGUGUGAUUUCCAGGCUUGAAGAACUGGCAAAAACAAGUAAUUUUAGCAUAAAGAAGAGUGAUUCUAGUGUUAGGUUGCAGGGUCAAGAGAGUGGGAGGAAAGGGAAGCUUGGAAUUUCUGCAGAUUUAUUUGCCUUCUCUCCUUCAUUCUUAGUUGUGGAGGUGAAGAAGGCUAGUGGCGAUACUCUCGAAUACAAUCAGUUCUGCAGCAAAGAGCUUAGACCAGCGCUUAAGGACAUCGUUUGGACCUCUCCCUCUACUUGAGUAAAUACUAGUUAUGGCUCCGAAUCUCAGGUGUGGAUUCAAGGUUCUUGCUUUGCAGGAUGAAUUUAGAUUGUCUGCUUCUAGUUUUACUCUUUUUUAGUUGAAAUGAAUUGGUAUGUAUCAAAUGUGAAUCAGUUUAGGCUUAUUCUUGAUCCCAUUAGCUUUUCUUGUGCCCAUCCAUUGCAGUUUGCAAACUUGUAGGUUUGUAUUGGUGUGAUUUGUGUAUUGUGGACAUGAACACUAUUGUUGUUGAAUCAAAUCUGUAUAUAUUUCACAAUUUGCAGAAUA